GCUAUUUAUAGCCACCCGGGCUCCCCACUACUUCCUACUACUACUACUCAGAGUGAGAGGAGGCUAGCUAGAGCUCGAGACAUCAUCGUAGAGGAGUGAGAUCGAAGCUAUGAUCACCAUGGCGGCCGUCCUCAUCAUCUGCGCCGUCUUCAAGGCGGCGACCCUCCCGCCCACGCUCGCCUCGCCGCCGCCGGCGUCCGUCGUCGACCGGGUCCGCGAGCUCGCCGACGCCACCGGCGGCCGGGUCCGCACGGACGCCGCCGCGACCGCGCUCGCGUCCACCGACUUCGGCACCAACGUGUCCGUGGCCGCCGCGCGCCCGGCGGCCGUGUUCUACCCGUCGAGCCCGGCCGACAUCGCCGCGCUGCUGCGGGCGUCCAGCGCGAGCGCGACCCCGUUCCCGGUCUCGGCCCGGGGGCGCGGCCACUCGACCCGCGGCCAGGCGGCGGCACCCGGCGGCGUCGUCGUCGACAUGGCGUCGCUGGCGGCGGGGCCCGACGCCGCCGCGAGGCUCGCCGUCUCGGUGACCGGGCGCUACGUCGACGCCGGCGGCGAGCAGCUGUGGGUGGACGUGCUGCACGCCGCCCUCGCGCACGGCCUCACGCCGCGCUCCUGGACGGACUACCUCCAUCUUACUAUAGGCGGGACGCUCUCCAACGCCGGCAUCAGCGGCCAGGCCUUCCGCCACGGCCCGCAGAUAUCCAACGUCCUCGAGCUCGACGUCAUCACCGGAACUGGGGAGAUGGUGAUGUGCUCCAAGGAGAAGAACGCCGACCUCUUCGACGCCGUGCUGGGCGGGCUGGGGCAGUUCGGCAUCAUCACGCGGGCGCGGAUCCCGCUGGCGCCGGCGCCGGCGAGGGCGCGGUGGGUGCGGCUCCUCUACACCGACGUGGCGGUGCUGACGGGCGACCAGGAGCGGCUCAUUGCCGAGCGCGGCGCGGUGGCGGGGAUCAUGGACUACGUCGAGGGUUCCGUGCUCACCGACUACCAGGGUCUCAUCGGGAGCUGGCGCUCGCAGCCGCCGUCGUCGUCCUUCUUCUCCGAGGGCGACGCUGCCCGCGUCGCCGCGCUCGCCAAGGGGGCCGGCGGCGUCCUCUACUGCCUCGAGGGCGCCGUCUACUACGGCGGCGCCGGCGACACGUCCGCCGCCGACGUUGACAAGGGGCUGGAGAUGAUGCUGCGGGAGCUGCAGUACGCGCGGGGUUUCGCGUUCGUGCAGGACGUGUCGUACGUGGAGUUCCUGGACCGUGUCCGCGCCGGCGAGCUCAAGCUCCGCGCCGCCGGCCUCUGGGACGUGCCGCACCCGUGGCUCAACCUCUUCCUCCCGCGCUCCCGCAUCCUCGACUUCGCCGCGGGCGUCUUCCACGGCGUGCUCCUCCGGGACGGCGCCGGCGGCGGCGCCACGGGCCCCGUCCUCGUCUACCCCAUGAACCGGCGCAUGUGGGACGGCGCCAUGUCGGCGGUGUUCCCGGACGACGACGGCGACGAGGUGUUCUACACGGUGGCGAUCCUGCGGUCGGCGGUGGCCGCCGGCGACCUCGGGCGCAUGGAGGCGCAGAACGCGGAGGUGGCGCGCUUCUGCGAGGGCGCCGGCAUCCCGUGCACGCAGUACCUGGCGUCGUACGCGACGCAGGCGGAGUGGGCGGCGCAGCACUUCGGGCCCGGCAGUUGGGACAGGUUCGCCCGCCGCAAGCGCAAGUACGAUCCCAAGGCGAUCCUGUCGCGCGGGCAGAGGAUUUUCUCGUACCCGCUUGAAUUGUCGCCUGAUGAACAUGUCCUCUGAUCGAUCGGUGUAUGAAAUAAUGCAUGUCAUGGCCUGGCCGGUUCAGUCGUCAGUGGCGGCCGGUACAGUUACUACGUACUGCUGUCUAUAGCUUUAGGUAAUAAUGCAUGCACAUCGUCAGAACUUGAUCCAGCAAGGUCUGAACAACGCUGGAACGUACAGUCAGUGUACUGUCUGCAUAUGUGCGACGUAUGAACCGUGUGUGAUCAAUUUACCUGGAUGAAGAAUUGUACAUGUAUGUAUAUAAAUGUUAUAGUAGUAAAAAUAA